GUCUUGGAAGCUUCAGCUUCGCGCUGUGAAUUUAAAUUUUUAUCUAUUGACAUCAAACCGCAAAGCAAUAACAUCAACAAUUCAACGUCGACGCCAACGCUAAACUCAACGUCGGCGCUUAAUUUUACGCUUGACAAUUCUAUUUCCAAUCCGUCAUUCUAGAUAGAUUGAUGGGGUUUGUCACCAAAUCCAUCCACUUUCGAUAGUGUUGUCUUAAUGCCCCUUUGAGUCUUCCGUCUGCAAGAACGGCCAUUCAAAGGAGCUCCUAAGCUCCACCAGUCAACAUGUCUUAUCGAUUUUCAAACAUGAGCUCGUCGCCAUCCACUCCUGAUAGGAGCUCCAGAAAAGGCACGUCUGGUUUCGGUUACACUGCAGACCAUCCUACCACUACUCCAAUUGGCCCUCCUCCGCCCUCUUCUGCCCCAUCCUUUACCCCAGCUGGCGAACCUUCUCCUUCCUACUUACAGAGCUCUAUCGGUGCCAUGGCCGGCAAGAUUAAGACCCCGAAUUUUGGAAGGCCAAAUCUAUCGCAACCCAAAUCCAAUCGAAGCAAUGCGCCUUUGGGUAGAUCAAUUCGAGGGUCUGCAAGACAGCCAUCUAGCCUUAGCAGAGAAUAUCACGGAGAAGAUGAGGACGACGAUGAAGAUGAAGACGAGGACGAUGACGGAGGAGCAAACACACGAACAAACCGUGCAGGUACUUACGGCAUAUCAUAUGAUGAUACAACCGAAGGUGAAGACACCGAGCCCGAUAACACGAAUCCACUAGACGAAGAAGAUGAAGACGAGGAGGAUGGUGAGAUGGAUGCCAUGGAUGAGGAUGAAGACGAGUAUGAUGUGGAAGAAGAUUUGUUGAGGGAAAUAGCUGGCACCGAGCCUUACGAAGAUCCCUCGGCCGAUGACGACUUGAUGAUGCUUACGACAACCGCCGCCGACGAACGUAUUAGUAGAGAAGCUGAUGACAUCUUCCGUGCUUCGUCUAUGCGCUCUACAACGGCCCGAAAACGAGAGUUGAAGUAUGCUUCCCUUGCGAAGGAUUUGUACAGCCAGUCACAAUUCGCGGAGAUAUCUGAGCCGGACAAGGUCAUAAUCCAAACCGAAGAGGUCAUCAGUAAGCUCUACGACGAAGGGGUGGGUUCCGAGGAUGAUGAGGAGAGACUGGAUGAUACCUUAGCCCAAGCUUGUGUCAAACUUGUCACCGAGAUAUGGAAUCCCCAUUUGGACGAUCUGCCUGAUGUCCGCGAUGAGCAUGCGGCCAAGGUAGGGCCAAGCGCUCAAGCCCCAUCCUUUGAGAAGGCUCUGUACCUAGCCACCUUAGCCCUCCGCAUUCAUCAUACACCUGCGACCAGCGACGAUUUCGGUGCGGCCAGAAGCCGGUCUUUGCCUGCUAUUCUUUUUGACUGGCAGGAGGACGAGCACAAUUUUGAUAGAGAGCAGGUAAAUGCCGUCUUGCACCAUCGUCCUUCUCCUGCGACGCAUGGAUUAUUUUGGCAAGUUGUCUUCAAUGCUCUCGUACGCGGCAACAUAACCAAGGCAAUGGAGCUUCUCAGAUUUGCUGGCUGGGAGUCCGUCAAGAAGUCACCACGAGGCGAAUCCGUUUACAGUGGCCAGGUUUUAGCUAACAUCAAACGCGUGGUCGAGGAUUUAUGCCUAGUUAUAGAGAUGUGCCCGGCGCAUACCAAUGGAAGCUGGGAUAUCCACAAUAGUGAUUGGACUUUGUUCCGCCUGAAGGCUAAGGCUGCUAAGGAGGGACUUAUCACUUUCACCGAAGGCAAAGAGCGAGCUUUCUCGUCCAACCGAUUUGGUGAUUCUGAUUUCGGCGACUCUGUGGAUGGACGACAGUCUCUUGCGGGGCUUGCCCGAAAAGCAGAAAGUAGAAUUCCUUGGGACGUUUAUGAAAAUCUUCAAUCCCUUUACGCGAUUCUCAUCGGAGAAUCAGAGGCUAUUCUUACGGCUGCGCAAGACUGGUGCGAGGCAACUAUUGGCUUGUUCGGGUGGUGGGACAAUGGUCAUAACCACCGGAACCUUGGCCUAUCUCAUUCAAGAUCGCUUCAGAUGAGCAGUCAGCCAGGGGGAGAUGACGAUUUUCUGGACCGUCUUGCUCUUUCCCUCCAAACUGCUACGGAGGCCGAUUUUCACUUCAAUUCUGCUGAUCCUGUUGAGGUAGCCGUCGCCUCAGCAUUUGAGAGUAACAUUGAAGGUGUUAUUGGGUUCUUGAGGUUAUGGUCACUACCCCUUGCGUCAUCCGUGGCUGAAAUUGCCUCAUUGGGCCGAUGGCUGCCUCCUCAAGAGCCGCAAAAUCUUAUUAACAUGAGUGAUUUCGAUAUGGAAGAGUUAGAGGUUUUAGGGAUGAACCAGAGCACGGGGGCCGACGAGAAAGACGGGAUCAAAGAUACGACCCUUAUCCAUUAUGCUCGUAGUCUAAAGGAUCGCAAGCAUAUAUCUGGUCUUGGUCUGCAUGGCAAAGUUUCCCGAGAAGGAUGGGAGAUGGCAGUUCAAGUUGUUGGUCGAAUGGACUCCCCCGAACGAUCUGAGCAAUUGGUGCAAGAAUUGUUACAGGGCGUCUUGAGUACAAUCGACGAGGACUCUCGCGAAACCGUAGAUAAGAUCUGGAGACUAUUGAACGAGCUCGGCAUGAUCAAUUUUGCCGAAGACACGGCCGAGACUUUUGGAGAUAUACUUGCAAAGGAUACUUUCCGUUUUGGAGAAGCACUCUGGUAUUAUGCUUUAGCGCACCGUCCUGGCAAGGUCCGAGACGUGCUAAAUACCCUAAUGUCUAUAUCUCUUGUGGAAUCCACAAUUUAUCCGCCAGAGAGUGAAUUAGACAACACGCUGAAGCAAUUGCUGAGAGAACGUACAACAACGUUGGAGCAAUACGCGAAACAGGACCUCGAAGCGGCGGAACUUCUUGGCAAAAUGCUAAGUGGGUAUGCUACGCUUAGGAAAUUCUAUGAACUCCGCGAUGGAGACGGCAAAACGAAACAGAAAUCCCUACUGUCCCGCCAACAAGCCGCUACCGCUUUAGCAGCUGUAAUAGCUAGUGCUGAUGACAACAUCCGAGGUGGUCUAUACGACGACACGCGCGAUGCCGUAGUUAGUGAAGAUUUCUUGCUAGCAUUGCUUGGAGAAGCGUCUGUCUUCGUGGGUCAGUCACCGCCGGUGAUUACCCUCGACCAAAUUGAUACUCUACUCAAAGCCAUUGAAGAUAUUCAAACUGUCGGAUCUCGCGUCUACGACGCCUCCGAUGAGUUCUUCAAGCUAGUCCUCACUUCGGGCCAUGGGAAAGGAUCGACACCCGCAGAUCUUCUUAAACAAUCUACUUCUUCCCUGGGCGGUAGUUUUAUGAUGACAGGCAGCUCAAUGAUUGCUUCUCAGCUCCAUCAGUCCGUGGUCAAGAGCGGUGUCAUGAAGGGCCCUGCUAAGCGAGCGUGGGAUUGGAGAACAGGCGUACUCUCGGGCAGCAGUUCCAGUGAUGUGCUGAAGCGGAUUAGACUGGGCCUGACAAGGGACCUAGCCAACCUUUGGCUGGAACAAGCGGAUAGUGUCAUUCUAUAACGGUUCACUUUGCAGUUCGGGGCUUAUAGAACCUUCCGCAAGUAGUACAGCAUUGAGUUGGCGUUUGGCGGCGUUGAGAACCAGAGAACCAUGAUUGGCUAAUGUACCGAGUAAUACCAUGAUGAGCAAAAAGGCUAAUGAAAAACUAACUUGUCCUAUGACUUGGGGAAAAUGCGAAGCUUACUACUCAUAUUAUUCCUUAUGAGCGUUACCACUGCAAUUUCG